GAAGAUGAACCCAACGAACGGAGAACAAGCUUCGAAUAAAUUACGUGAUUACGUCACCUUUAGACCAGGAAGUGCUGUCGAAUUGUCGGUUAAGCGAAACAAUUCAAAGAGACUACCAAUAGGUUGCGACAUGGACGACACACUUUUCCAAUUGAAGUUCACUUCUAAACAACUGGAGAGACUAGCCAAAAAGGCAGAGAAGGAGUCCGAAAAGGAGCAGAGAAAGGUCCAAAAGGCUCUGCAACAGAAAAAUGUGGAAUGUGCGAGAGUUUAUGCUGAGAAUGCCAUCCGUAAAAAAAAUGAAGGACUGAACUGGCUGCGCAUGGCAUCUCGAGUUGACGCUGUGGCCUCUAAAGUCCAGACUGCUCUCACAAUGAAAUCGGUGACAAAAAAUAUGAGCCAGGUGACCAAGGCUCUGGAUAAAGCUCUGAACUCUAUGGACCUUCAAAAGGUCUCUGUUGUCAUGGAUAAGUUUGAAAGCCAAGUCCAGAACCUUGAUGUCCACACCUCAGUGAUGGAGGACUCCAUGAGCUCUGCAAUGACACUGACCACGCCACAAGAUCAGGUAGAUGAAUUGAUCCACCAAAUAGCUGAGGAGAGUGGCCUGGAGUUGAUGGACCAGCUCAACAAGUUGCCCGCAGGAGCCACCUCAGUGGGUGCAGAAAGUUCACGUAGCCAAGAGAAGGAAGACCAGCUUUCUAGACGGUUGGCAGCUCUGCGGAACUGAGGGGACUAGGCUCACGGUUGUGUGGAAAAAAAGACAAGUUAGAUGGUGGUGGUGGUGGUGGUGGUGGUGGUGGUGGUAUUUGUACUGAACUGUUCCUACAAGGAGGAUGUAUCACUUUCACAUUUUCUUGUUUUGGCCUAAAGAUUGUGUGCCUGUUCCUUUGUAUCCCCUCUGCAAAAUGAAUCUGUUUUUACUUACUGUGUAAUGACAACAAUGAAGAUGUAAAGUUCUAAUUCACAACAAUUAAAGUGAUUACAAGGGAGUGGGACAUGUUUUGCUCUUGUGUACCUGGCUUUGGUCAAAUGUUGUUGUAAUGUGUGUUACUGUGUGCAAACCAGCCAGGAGUCUCAUCCUCUCAUCACAUUCAUCCAAGUCCCAGGUAUUUCUAACAAUGAAUACACCAGUGGACAGUCCUUACAUUAUUACACUACACUGAGUCAUGUUUGAUUUGAUUUGUUGUUAAUUUACACACAUGCCACCAUCCACACAUUGUGUGAAAUAGUAAAUACCUUACUCUGAAUUGAAGUGCCUGAAGGACUGUUGUUGAAAGAGAGAGAUGUGAGCUGAGCUCUGCACACUUUUCGUCAAAGUCAGGAAUUUUCCUCUUGCUACAAAGCAGAGGAGAGAUGUUUUAGCACACAGAACUUUAGCUCACUCUAGCUCAGGCUGUCAUACACGUGUUAUCCAUUUAUUUUUGCAGUCUUGAGUUGACCAAUCAUGUUUGUAUUUUUUUCUGUGAACAUCGUUAUAUAUCUGUUGUAUUUUAUAGGUGAGACACCCAAGUGUGGAGGACCAAGAGUCACAAAAUAAAAUAAAGACACAGAUAAAGAAUUAAAUGUCAUUUCAUACUUAAUGAAACGUUUAUUUAAUAAUGUAUUAAUUUAAUUUUGGCAGUCUUCGUCCUCCAUACUCAAGUGUAUGGAGCCUAAAUGCAUGCUAAACCGUAUAACGUAAACAAAUGAUUCUGAAGCUGUAAACCGAAGUUCAAUUUUAGGUGAGCAGAUAGCUGGGAUAGGCUCCAGUACGCCCAUGAGCCUGGUGAGGAGAAGCUCUAUGGAAAUCAGAUGGAUGGAUGGAUGUUUUUAAAGGCAUCUGAAUGGUUUACAAUAAGCAGAUGUUUGUUGUUGUUGCUUUAUACAUUUGUUAAGUGCUUUGACUAAAGGAUUCUGUCUUUGAAACUUGUAAGAGCAGACAUCAGGAUAGAAGCUAGGCCUUGACCAGGGACUGAGCAGUUUUACAGUUUCCUGUUUUUCCAUUUGUGCAUUAUUACAAAGGGGUCUUAUUUAUACUGAGAAAACCAUCUUUGUAGCACUUAUCUCUCGAAAAUAAACGUUCCCAAUUGUCCAGCACAGACUUUAA